AUUACUUUUUUUCUUUUGUUCAUGGAAUAUAGCAACACCACUGCUACUGCACCACCUGCAAUGUCACCAGGGCUUAGUACUGCAAAAAACCAUACUCAUUACAAGCAUCAUAAUUUCCAUUCUACAUCUCAAAACCAUCAACAUAGCACCAUCCUUUCCUUAAACUCCAUCAUUGUAAUCAUCGUAUCCCUCAUCUCGAUUGUCGUAGUUUUGGCAAUAUUUCUAAUUAUAGUAAUGCUCCGUAGACUAAAAUCUGUCAGAAAGCAUGCUAGUUGCAAAGAAAGUGGUAGCAUCAACAACACUGGCAGGUUCAUUGCUCAUACUACUAUAGACUUCGAUUCUAGUCCUGAUGUGAAGGCAAGGUGUCUAUAUGGAGGAAGUAUGCGUGCACCUCCAAGUAGAUACAGAGGGGUCCAAGUUUUCACUUACAAGGAGCUGGAAUUGGCAACUGACAACUUCAGUGAGGCAAAUGUGAUUGGCAAUGGAGGUUUUGGUGUGGUAUAUAAAGGAGUUCUUACAGACGGUACUGUGGCAGCAAUUAAGAGGCUUCACAGAGAUGGAAAGCAAGGGGAGCGUGCUUUCAGGAUGGAGGUGGAUCUACUAAGCCGGUCGAACUCUCCUUACUUGGUGGAGCUACUAGGCUACUGUGCUGACCAAAAUCAUAGGCUUCUGAUAUUUGAAUUCAUGCCCAAUGGCACUCUCCAACAGCAUCUUCAUGAUCCUGGCAGUCAACAUAGGCCGUUGGAUUGGGGAACUCGGUUAAGGAUAGCCCUUGAUUCUGCCAGAGCCCUUGAGUUCCUUCAUGAGCAUGCUACCCCUACUGUUAUUCACCGUGACUUUAAGUGCACCAAUAUAUUACUAGAUCAACACCUCCGGGCUAAGGUUUCUGAUUUUGGAUUGGCCAAAAUGGGCUCAGACAAGAUCAAUGGUCAGAUUUCAACACGCGUGUUGGGGACCACUGGAUAUCUAGCUCCAGAAUAUGCUUCAACAGGCAAACUUACCACAAAAUCAGAUGUCUACAGCUAUGGUGUGGUGCUUUUACAGCUUUUAACAGGCCGUGUGCCAGUUGAUAUCAAGAGGCCUCCUGGAGAACAUGUCCUUGUUUCAUGGGCACUUCCAAGGCUAACCAACAGAGAUAAAGUAGAGGACAUGGUUGAUCCAGCUAUACAAGGACAGUAUUCAAAGAAGGAUCUGAUUCAGGUAGCUGCUAUUGCUGCUAUGUGUGUGCAACCAGAAGCCGAUUAUCGACCUUUAAUGGUAGAUGUUGCGCAGUCAUUGAUCCCUCUAGUUAAAAAUUUCAAAUCCAUUAACCCUCCUGCUUCCUCUAGAUUUCAUCGUCAAACCUCUUCUGGUCCCAAGUAUUAAUAAUACCUUUGAGAAUUGCAGAACCCAAUAAUUAUUUUCUCGCUCUUCACGUUGCAUCAACAAGAAAAAAUCUACACUGUCACAAUGUACAAAACAGCCUUAGCAACUGUGGUUGCUUCCUUGAAUAAGAAGUAGAGGUAUUCAAGACAACAGCUGAAGCUUCAGCACUCAAAUCAGAAGGAAGUGAAGAGCUUAUAUUUGGCAUAUAACUGUGGCUUUCCCAUGAGCCAUAGACAAGCUUCUUUACAAUCAUAUUCUUGUAUAAAUUUGUUGUAAAAGGAUUAAUAAAUUCAAUAUUAAUUAUUUUCUGUUUUCAGAAAUCAGAUGUUUGUCUAGGAAAUUAGUAAUGCUUUUCUUUUGUUAUGGAAAACAUUUGUCAAUGUAACAGUAUAUAAUUUCUUGAGAGUCAAGUAAAUGUCAAGGGAGACUUUCUUGUAUCCAAAGAGUAUCAGCAAUCUGCUUGAAUAUUAUUAUAAGUUAAAUGGAAUUAAAAGGAAAAAAAAAUACAGCCUAGUACUCGGUUAAUCAAUGUCUUGUUGGCUCCACAUAAAAGCCAGAAUCUUCAACCAGUACAAUGCCUGAUGCAGUGUAAGUACUUAAAUGUUUCUUUUUCAGGAUAUAUAGGUCAGA